AUGGCGGAGCGUGCUUCUUACGGAUUGGGACCUCGAUUAGAUCUUCAGCAAUUACAACUUGAAGCUCAGCAUAGGUGGUUACGCCCUGCAGAAAUAUGUGAAAUUCUUUGCAAUUAUCGGAUGUUUCAAAUCACAUCAGAACCACCUAACAGGCCACCGAGUGGUUCCCUUUUUCUAUUUGAUCGGAAGGUUUUAAGGUGGGAAGUGUUGAUGUGUUACACUGCUACUAUGCCCAUGGAGAAGAAAGUGAAAAUUUUCAGAGGAGAAGCUAUUGGAUGCUUGAACCGUGAGUGUGAUGUACUAGUUUACAUUCCAUUAGCUGUCUUUAAACUUGAAGUUAACAAAACCAAUGUUGGUGGAAAAACAUAUUCUGGUGAGUCUACAUCAGAUUCCCAGAAGGGAAGUUCCUUGUCAUCUGGCUUUCCCAGAAAUUAUGGUAGUGUGCCGUCAGGAAGUACAGAUUCCUUGAGCCCAACCAGCACUUUGACGUCUUUAUGUGAAGAUGCUGAUUCAGUGUUCUGUCCAUUUGGUCUAAAUGGUUUAAUCAAACUCUUCCUAGAGGAUAUUCAUCAAGCAAGUUCAGGAUUACAAUCCUAUCAAGAAUCACAAAGUUUGGGGAAUGAUCGCCUAAUGGAUAAGAUUGAUGCUCGUUCAAAUAGUUCACAUCUUAUGCAUCCAUUUUCAGGUGAUCAUGGACAGUUACCAGUUUCCGGAGCAGAAUAUAUCCCACUUGUUCAGGGCGGUAAGUCUAGGGGUAGUGAUACCACUUACAUUGAGGGUCAUAGAGCACAUGGUAUUGCAUCUUGCGACAAUGCCAUGGAGCAGUCUGCAGGAAAGCAUCCUGAUCCUUCUCUUGUAUCAUCCACAGCCAUUAUAUCAAGUGCAUCGGGAAGCAUACUUGAAGAAAACAAUAUUGUUUCAGGCAACCUUUUAGAGCGUAUAAAUGCCCUCACUGAAGAGGAAAGGGGACCUCAGCCUAUCCACUCAAAUUGGCAGCACAAAGAUGAGGAAACCAAAGUUAUUGCAAUAAUGGUGGAACAGCACCAUGCUGCUCCUCCAUGGACGGUCAUGUCAUCAUGUGAUGUGUUUCAUGCUCUAGAGCAUCUGCACCUUCUUGCUUCUGAUUUGCACUUCUGGAAUACCUUCCUGCUUCCUCACUUUAGUCAACCUCUGCUCUAUAACAUCAAACUCGAUUGCUUGAUGGGCUAUAUGAUUCCUUUGGAAGGCGAUACAGGAGAAUUAACUAAGUGGAGCCUAACCCAGUCAUUGGGUUUGGAAUUUGGAUCUGAUUAUAGCACUAAUUUACUGGGAGAUGUAACUAAGAAUGCUGGCCCAGACAUUGUUCCUGAGAUGUUCACUUUUAAUGGUGAGUUGAAAGAGCAGUCUGUGCACCAAAACAUCUCAGAGCAGUAUACACAUACACAAUCUGAACCUGUAAUGAAAUCCAAUUCUGAAUAUGAAGUGCCUGGUGAAGCAAGUAUCAAUUAUGCCUUGACCAUGAAGCGUGGAUUAUUGGAUGGAGAGGAGAGUCUAAAGAAGGUUGAUAGUUUCUCUAGGUGGAUUACUAAAGAACUUGCAGGUGUGGAUGAUCUGCAUAUGCAGUCCUCCCCUGGUAUUUCAUGGAACACUGAUGAUUGUGGGGAUGUGAUAGAUGAUACAUCGUUAAACCUGUCCCUUUCUCAAGACCAGCUGUUUAGCAUAAACGAUUUUUCACCUAAAUGGGCUUAUGCUGAAUCAGAAAUUGAGGUGUUGAUUGUUGGAACAUUUUUAAAGAGUGAACCUGUGGUGGCCGCAUGUAACUGGUCCUGUAUGUUUGGGGAAGUGGAGGUUCCUGCUGAGGUCUUAGCUAAUGGAAUUCUAUGCUGUCAAGCUCCACCUCAUAAGAUUGGACGGGUUCCCUUCUAUGUAACUUGUUCCAAUAGGUUUGCUUGUAGUGAAGUUCGGGAAUUUGAGUACAAAGAAGGCUUCAACAAAAAUAUAGAUCUUACAGAAUUUUUUAACAGUUCAACUGAAAUGGUGCUUCAUUUGCGACUGGUGGGGUUACUUUCUUUAAAUUCAGUGCCCACAUCAAAGCGAGUGUUUGAGGGUGAUAUGGAGAAAAGAAACUUAAUUUUCAAGCUUAUUUCACUGAAAGAGGAAGAAGAAUAUUCAAGUAAGGAAGAUACAACUGUGGAGAUGGAUAACACAAAACACAAGUUGAAGGAGCAUAUGUUUCACAAGCAGGUUAAAGAGAUGUUGUACUCAUGGCUUCUUCACAAAGUAACUGAAACCGGUAAAGGGCCUCUUGUAUUAGGUGAGCAUGGGCAGGGUGUGUUACAUUUAGUUGCUGCUCUUGGUUAUGAUUGGGCCAUAAAACCAAUCCUAACUGCUGGAGUCAAUAUCAACUUCCGUGAUGUGAGUGGAUGGACAGCUCUACACUGGGCUGCAUUCUGUGGCCGAGAGCGAACAGUUGCCAUCCUUGUCUCCAUGAGGGCAGCCACUGUAGCAUUGACAGAUCCAAGUCCAGAAUUUCCUUCGGGUAGAACACCUGCAGAUCUUGCUUCUAGCAAUGGCCACAAAGGAAUUUCCGGUUUUCUUGCAGAAUCAUUAUUAACUAGCCAUCUUGAAUCACUCACAAUGGAUGAAAAUAAAAAUGGUAGGAAAGAAACUUCAGGAAUUAAAGUAGUGCAAACAGCUUCAGAGCGAACUGCGAUACCUGUGCUUUAUGGUGAUAUACCAGAUGCUAUCUGCCUUAAGGAUUCUCUUAAUGCUGUCCGGAAUGCUACACAAGCUGCUGAUCGUAUACAUCAAGUAUACAGAAUGCAGUCAUUUCAGAGGAAGCAGUUAGCUCAGUAUGAUGAUGAUGAAGAAUUUGGAUUGUCAGAUCAACAAGCUCUUUCCCUUCUAGCUUCUAGAAUGAGAAAAUCCGGACAAGUAGAGGGUUUAGCCAAUGCUGCUGCAAUACAGAUACAGAAAAAGUUCCGGGGUUGGAAGAAGAGAAGAGAAUUCUUGAUCAUUCGUCAAAGAAUUGUUAAAAUCCAGGCCCAUGUAAGAGGUCACCAGGUCAGAAAGCAGUAUAAAUCAGUCAUAUGGUCCGUAGGAAUCCUGGAAAAGGUCAUAUUACGCUGGAGGCGCAAGGGCAGUGGUUUACGUGGAUUUCGACCGGAUACCCUGAACAAGGUCCCUGAUCAACCAAGCGAAUCUCUGAAAGAGGAUGAUUAUGAUUAUCUCAAAGAAGGAAGGAAACAAAGUGAAGCAAGGUUCCAAAAGGCCCUUUCACGGGUGAAAUCCAUGGUUCAGUAUCCAGAGGCACGGGCUCAAUACCGACGGGUGCUAAAUGUAGUUGAGGACUUCCGUCAAAACAAGGGAGAUAAUUUGAAUUUGAUGAAUUCGGAACAGACAGUUGAUGGUGUGGAGGAUUUGAUUGAUAUUGACAUGCUUUUAGAUGAUGAAAAUUUCUUGCCUGAAAACGUCACUGAUGCUAAGAUCGCAAAGUUUAAGCAUAUUAGGAGGCUCAAUCAUUCUUGUGAUCUGGGUAAAAUACAUGCCCCCUUCAUCCGCAGAGUUACCAUGAGAGACUUGUCUUGA